AGAGGUGAUAUUUCACAAUGAGGCGUGCUGCAGCUUUUCUGGUGUUGCUGCUCUGUCUGUACUGGACGAGGGCUCAGGGUGAGAGUGGAGGGGUGACAGGGAAUGAUAUCACUCAGACGGAGGUUCAGUCUGAGAUCCUGGGUGUCAAAGCAACCACUGAUCAGACCAACAUCACCCCUGACAUCUGGGCUGAGCUGAAGGAGCUGAGAGACAUGGCCAUCAAACACAGUGUGGAGCUGUGGAAGCUGGAGCAGGAGAAUACAGCCAUACAGGCCAGACUGACAUCCAGUGAAAGCAAGAAUGCAGUGUUGGAGACCAGAAUGAACGCCAGUGAAAAAGAUGUGGAGGAACUCAACAGAGAGAACACAGUUUUGGAAAAUGUGGUCAAAGACCUCCAGAAAGAGAACACAGUUUUGGAGUGCAAAAUGACCGCCAGUGAAAAUGUGGUCAAAGAUCUCCAGAGAGAGAACACAGGUGUCGCUCAUGAUAAGGCCAGAAUGAACACCAGUGAAAAUGUGAUGGAGGAGCUCAAGAAGGAGAACACAGAUCUUCAAUCCAGAGUAACAGCAUUUGAAGAUAAGAGCACAGUGUUGGAGACCAGGAUGACUGCCAAUGAAAACGAGGUGGAGGAGCUGAAGAGACAGAAUGCAGACCGACCAAAGGUGGCGUUCUCACUUAGUCUCACUGAUGAUGGACAAGUUGGACCAUUCAAUACUGACAUCACACUUAAGUUCAGUAAAGUCAUCAGCAACUUUGGUCAGGUCUACAGUCCAACUACAGGUCACUUCACAGCCCCAGUCAGAGGAGUCUACUAUUUCUCAGUCACUGCAGUGGAUCCCCGGAAGAACGUAUGGAGUUCUUUUUAUCUCUAUCACAAUGAAAAGAGAUUGUUGUGGAAUGAUAAUUACAAUGAUGAACAUGGCUUUACCAGACUUUCUAAUUCACUGGUUCUUCAGCUGGAAAAGGGGGAUGUGGUCUACAUGGUUUUACCUGCCGGCUAUAGUAUAUACGAUGAUAUCAAUUAUCAUACUACCUUUAAGGGAUUUCUGCUUUUUCCACUGUGAGACUAAAACAUGAGAAUGUAUUUACCCCCAAAUUUUUGGCAUAGUCUACAAACAAGUCAUACAGUAUUCAUAUGUAAAUGAAAGGAUGCACAUUGUUGCUGUGUUGGCUUUGCUCUGUAACAAACUACAUGUGAAAUAAAAGAAUGACUAUGAAGUUAAA